AGCAGGAGGAGGUGGAGGGAUCGCGGAGCGGGCAGGUCUGGCCACCUCGCCCCGCGCCCCGCCCCUGCGCGCACUCCCUCGCGGGCGAGCUACUUUCGGACUAGGAAAGUGAGGGCGGCCCCGGGUGACAGCGCGGCGGCGCCAGUCCCGGGAAGCCGCGUCUGUUCGCUUGUCUCCGGUCGCGCUCCCAGCGGCGCACUGCCCAGAGCCCGCCAUGGCUUCGACCACCACAUGCACUCGGUUCACCGACGAGUAUCAGCUCUUCGAGGAGCUCGGAAAGGGGGCAUUCUCAGUGGUGAGAAGAUGUAUGAAAAUUCCUACUGGACAAGAGUAUGCUGCCAAAAUCAUCAACACCAAAAAGCUUUCUGCUAGGGAUCACCAGAAGCUGGAAAGGGAAGCUAGAAUCUGCCGUCUCUUGAAGCAUCCCAAUAUUGUGAGACUUCAUGACAGUAUAUCAGAAGAGGGCUUCCAUUAUUUGGUGUUUGACUUAGUUACUGGGGGUGAACUGUUUGAAGACAUAGUGGCAAGAGAGUAUUAUAGUGAAGCUGACGCCAGUCAUUGCAUUCAGCAGAUCCUGGAGGCUGUGCUGCACUGCCAUCAGAUGGGCGUAGUCCAUCGGGACCUUAAGCCUGAGAAUUUGCUUUUAGCUAGCAAAUCGAAAGGAGCAGCUGUGAAACUGGCAGACUUUGGCUUAGCCAUAGAAGUUCAAGGCGACCAGCAGGCGUGGUUUGGUUUUGCUGGCACACCUGGAUAUCUCUCUCCAGAAGUCCUGCGUAAAGAUCCUUAUGGAAAACCAGUGGAUAUGUGGGCAUGUGGUGUCAUCCUCUAUAUCUUGCUGGUGGGAUACCCACCCUUCUGGGAUGAAGACCAGCAUAGACUGUAUCAGCAGAUCAAGGCUGGAGCUUACGAUUUUCCAUCACCAGAAUGGGACACAGUGACACCUGAAGCCAAAGACCUCAUCAACAAGAUGCUCACCAUCAACCCUGCCAAACGCAUCACAGCCUCUGAGGCACUGAAACACCCAUGGAUCUGUCAACGUUCUACUGUUGCUUCCAUGAUGCACAGGCAGGAGACUGUGGACUGCUUGAAGAAAUUUAAUGCUAGACGGAAACUGAAGGGUGCAAUCUUGACAACCAUGCUGGCUACGAGAAAUUUUUCAGCAGCCAAGAGUUUGUUGAAGAAGCCAGAUGGGGUAAAGAAAAGGAAGUCCAGUUCGAGUGUUCAGAUGAUGAUAAACAACAAAGCCAACGUGGUAACCAGCCCCAAAGAAAAUAUUCCUACCCCGGCGCUGGAGCCCCAAACUACUGUAAUCCACAACCCUGACGGAAUCAAGGAGUCAACUGAGAGCUCAAACACCACAAUUGAGGAUGAAGACGUGAAAGCACGAAAGCAGGAGAUCAUCAAAGUUACUGAGCAACUGAUUGAAGCUAUCAACAAUGGGGACUUUGAAGCUUACACAAAAAUCUGUGAUCCAGGCCUCACUGCCUUUGAACCUGAAGCUUUGGGCAACUUAGUGGAAGGGAUGGACUUUCACAGAUUCUACUUUGAAAAUGCUUUGUCCAAAAGCAACAAACCAAUCCACACUAUCAUCCUGAACCCUCAUGUGCACCUGGUAGGGGAUGACGCAGCCUGCAUAGCGUACAUCCGGCUCACACAGUACAUGGACGGAAGUGGAAUGCCAAAGACAAUGCAGUCAGAAGAGACUCGCGUGUGGCACCGCCGGGAUGGAAAGUGGCAGAAUGUUCACUUCCAUCGUUCGGGGUCACCAACAGUACCAAUCAAGCCACCCUGUAUUCCAAAUGGGAAAGAAAACUUCUCAGGAAGCACCUCUUUGUGGCAAAACAUCUGAAAACCAUUCACAUUUGGGUCUUCUAAUUGUCAACAGUGCCACUUCUUCAUUCUGUUUUCAAGGCACCUGGAGGGUAAUCCUGGGACGUCCUCUCCUCCUCUUCAUGCAUGUUUCUGAGUGCAUGAAGUUGUGAAGGUUCUACGUGUAAUGCAUAUGUGACGCAUCAUCUUAUCAUAUAUUCCUUCCUAUACAUUGUUUACACUCCAGCUACUGGAUGGGAUGUUCCAUGCAAACGUAAAUUAUUGUUGGCAAACUAUAGAGGGAGGUCAGACAAGAAAAUUCCACAAUAUUCCAAGUUCAACUGAUCCAUCAGGUUUCUCUGUUUAUGCCAAGAUUUAAAAGACUUAAUUAAAACUAUUGUGCUCUGAAUGAUGGUUUGUAAGAGAAAAGUAAAUCUUUUUAGAAUGCUGCCAUUAAUCUGUUUGGGCUUUUUGUUGGGAUUUUUGUUUUGUUUUUGCUUUUAAGGCAAAAUAUAUAUAUAUAUAUAU